CUGAUCUUUUAGGGUUUGAAUAAUUAUUUGUGGUGCUUGUGGAAUUUGUCCUAAUUAGGAAAGGUACCGAGUUCACGUGACCGGAACCAUCGGUAAGACAUGGAGAUGACCGCUGAGUUAAUUUUUAACGCCGAACUUUAGCCCGAACCGAUCAAAUUUGAUAAUAUUCCCUUAAAUGUACUGAAGGUUUAAUCGGGCCUCAUCUUCGGGCAGGUACUCUCAAAAUUAAAAACGACACAUAACUAGCGUCCCCCACCACACCAUUUAAUUAAUGGCACCAUUACUCGUUUGGGGGCUUAUUCCGUGGUUUAUUACUAAUAUAUCGAUUUCAAUUUGUAAAUAGACGGUUAUCGUCAAAUACUGUCAAUCUCAUUAUAUGUUCUAUGUAGAUCUACUUCUUUCAAAGAAUUGGAUUAAUUUCAAACCCCAGACCCUUGUACUAUUAUGGUGCUGUAUUUUUAGAUGAUUAUUUACGAUUUGUUAACCCCUCUUUUCGUCAUUUCUUUCUUUUUGCACCUUACAUCCGAAUUCAGCAUUCUUGUCUAUCCUAUCUAUACCUUCAUCCCUCUUCGGAUAAUAUGUUCGUUUGAAAUCCGAUUCCUCUCCGUUGCACCGGGGUUUGGUAUUUUUAUUCCUUCUAUUUCCGCUAAGCCCUUAUUUUCAAUUAAUGAUUUACACAUUUAACUUUCCCACUUUACUUCUGGAUGCUAUUCUCAAAGAGAUCUGAAUCCGUAUGGCUUUAGCAUGGCUUUUAAUCCGAUAUUAUUGUAACGUUAACAUGAGCUAUUGUGCAGGGACACU